AAGAGUUCAUACACCGAAACUGAACCAGAAUCAUGCUGCUGCAGCCAGUCUGGAGCUUCCUUUUGGGACACUCGUCUCUCCUUCGCUCCCCCUUCUUCCCAGUGUUCUUCUCCCUGUCCGUGUACCUGACCUUCUGCCUGCCCUUUCUGCUGCUGGACCUGCUCUCCUGCAGGUGGAACCUGGUGCGCAGGUACAAGUUGCAGUCUCAGAGCUCUGUCAGCUGGGCCUCAGUGCGGAACUGCUUGGCUUUGACCCUCUACAACCACCUAAUCUUUAUCUUUCCACUGACCGUACUCAACUGGUACCUGAGGCCAGUGCUGCUGCCCUUGGAGGCUCCACUUCUGCCUCACCUGCUUGCCCAGGUGCUAGUCUGCCUGCUCCUUUUUGACUUCCAGAGCUUCAUCUGGCACCUGGCGCAUCACAAGGUGCCCUGGCUAUACCGCACCUUUCACAAGCUGCAUCACACCUACACGUCUACCUCAGCACUGACCGCAGAGUACUCUGGGGCCUGGGAGACCCUAAGUUUGGGCCUGUUUGCUGCUGCCAACCCCCUGCUGCUGGGCUGCCACCCUCUCACAGAAAUGGUCUUCUUCAUUGUGAACAUCUGGCUGUCAGUGGAGGACCAUUGUGGUUAUGACCUGCCAUGGGCCACGCACCGUCUGAUCCCCUUCGGCCUGUAUGGUGGUUCGCGCCACCAUGACCUCCAUCACCUCAAGUCCAAAUACAACUACGCCCCCUACUUUACACACUGGGACCGUUUGGCCGGGACACUGUACAUGGAGGACUGACCUGAAGGGACAAAGUAUUUCUAAAUGCACCUCAGCUCAGACUGCUGCUAGAUGUCCUAACGGAGAUGUUCAGGGACCGUUAAAAGACUUUGUCCAGCUGCAGACUGGAGGGCCAGUACCGAAGCUCUGUUUUUUAUCCACAAUAUUUAAAUGUAUAGAUUAUUUAUUACCAGUCAAUAGAAAUUCAUUAUUUUAUUCAUUAUUUAUUUGGAGCAGCUUCAGGACCCACAAUACAACUAUAUGUUCUGUUUCUUUUUCUCUUCCUGCAAGACUUCUAUUGUAGUUUAAAGUUGAACUUUAACAGUCAAAACAUGUUCAUGUUGAACAGUUUAACCUGCACAAUUUGUAUAGUUUGAUAUACAGCUCCUAUUCCCUGCAAUAAAAAAUGAAGGAUUGUGAACAGAGAGCAGGCCAAAGUGGUAAGGAAAGCUGCUGAGGAAGAGGAGGAAGAAGAAGAUGAGAAAAGAUGUGGAAGGAGGAGGAAAAUGAGAAAUGAUAAUGAAUAUUUUGUAUGAAUUUGUUGAAAGGAAAAGAAAUGUUUAAAACAACAUGUGAAGUCUGGUAUGAAAGAGGUGAAUGAAAUGAUGCACUAAAAAGAGAAAUGGAAUAAAUAUUUCAAAGAAAAACAAA